GACUACUGGAAAAAGGAAACACAGUAAACAAGGAAAAAAAGAAACGAAAAGGGCGUCGUAAGGGUAAUUAUGAGAUAGAAAAGGAAAAACCAGGGCUCCCUCUUCCUUUUCCCCUCUCUUUCUCUCCCUCAGUCUCUCUCUCUCUCUCUCUGACUCUCUCUGUACAUUUAUUUAGAAGAACAAUGCAGAUCUUUGCCAGUUUAAAGAAGGGCUCACGAGGAACAAGAAAAAAAACCCAAACCCGCAUUCCUUACAUCUCUCCUUUCAUGACCUGGGAGAUGAUAAAGUGAUCUGAACAAGCUUUCUCAACUGGCCAUUCCCUUCUUCGGCUCAAGUUAAUAGUCCCCCGUUCCCACCAUCUUCCCCUCCUCUCCUAGCGAUAAGACCGGUGGGUAAUAAACAUGCAACCUUACUGGGUUGUUUUUUCAGUGAACCUCAUCACUCCCUGAGAAGCUGUAAACACAAAAAGAGCAAUCCAAAUCAUUCUUUUAUACAAUUGUUUCUCAAACCAGGAAUUGUAGCCAUUCUUUCAUAUUGGAAUUUUGUCUGCAAAACUCAAGUAAGAAAUGAGGAAGCAUGGAUGGCAACUUCCCUACCAUCCUCUUCAGGUGGUCGCCGUGGCUGUUUUUCUAGCGUUGGGUUUUGCUUUUUAUGUCUUUUUCGCCCCUUUCGUCGGAGGGAAGGUGUUUCAGUACGUUGUGAUGGGGCUUUAUACUCCCCUUAUUACAUUUGUAUUCGGCCUGUACAUUUGGUGUGCAGCAGCAGAUCCUGCAGAUCCAGGAGUCUUCAAGUCCAAGAAGUAUGUUAACACUGUCAUUGAUGGAAUGCAUUGUCUAUCCAAGGAAUCCAAAUUAGGAGGGGAAUCAAGUUCCUCAAAACAUGAUGUCAAUGCUGCAAUUGUUGGAGAUAAGCCCAUGGAUGAAUGCAAGGUGGACAAUGAUGCCACCACUGAGGUGGGCCCCACUAGUGAAAUUGAAAAGAAUACAUCCUCUCACAGUCCAUCUUGUUGUAUAUAUUUGUUGGGGUUUUGUCCAUGUGUGGUCAUGUAUAACUGCUUGAGUCCACAUGAACAAUCUUCCGAGUUGCAAACAAGUGAGGAUGGCAUGUUCUAUUGCAGUUUGUGUGAAGUGGAGGUUUGCAAGUAUAGCAAGCAUUGUAGAGUUUGUGAUAAGUGUGUUGACCGCUUCGAUCAUCAUUGCAGGUGGCUCAAUAAUUGUGUCGGGAAAAAGAACUACCGACAGUUUUUCACCCUAAUGGUUUCUGCCCUUUUCUUGCUUAUUCUACAAUGGUCGAUUGGAAUCCUUGUAAUCAUCUGCUGUUUUCUUGAGAGGAAGCGGUUCUCUGUGGAGAUCACCUCCAAAUUGGGGAGUAGUUUCUCGUUGGUGCCCUUUGUUGUUGUGGUGGCUUCAUGUACCAUUUUGGCUAUGAUUGCAACCCUACCCCUUGCCCAGCUUUUCUUCUUUCACGUUCUCCUCAUUAAAAAGGGAAUCAGCACAUAUGAUUACAUAAUUGCUUUGAGAGAGCAGGAUCAACAAGGAGUGGGAGGUCAGCUGAGUCCGCAGAUGUCACCUGCAAGCUCCCUUACUGGGUUAAGUAGUGCAAGCUCCUUCAAUACCUUCCACAGAGGUGCAUGGUGUACUCCUCCACGAUUGUUUCUUGAGGAUCAGUUUGAUGUGGUUCCUCCAGAGACUGGAAUGCCUAUUAGCUUGUCGGGGAAGAGGAUGGUGGGUGAGGAACAAGUCAGGAGAAAGAACCCUGGAGCUGUGAAAAUCAGUCCUUGGACAUUGGCACGCAUGAAUGCUGAAGAAGUCUCAAAAGUUGCUCUACAGGCAAGGAAGAAAUCCAGAAUCCUUCAGCCUGUGGUGAGGCGGCAGACACCAUUAGGCCUAGAAACAGACAGCAGCUUUGGCAGUAACAGUGGUCGGAUGGUUCCAAGGACUGAAAAUCGGAGGCGAGGUAACAAGCGGGUCCGAAUCCCAGCAGACCUCCCACUUGAACCAUUGGCUAAGACAUCAACCAAGGCUGCCAAUAGCAACGACAAUGACCUAAUUGUGGGAACAUCAUCCAGUUUGGCUCCUCUGCAACUUGAAGCACGCAGUGCUUUUCGCACAAGCCGAGCAAUGUCAGCAUUAACUGGGAUGGUUGCUUCUUCUCCUGAGAGUAGUCUAGAGUCUCCUGAUCUCCACCCAUUCCAUGUCUCAUCAGGGGCAGAGGAGAGCAGAGGUCUAACAACUCUUUCUUCUGCUGGUACUGCUUCUCAGAAUGGCAUACCCCUCUCAAGGUCUACUAGCGAUGGUUACGAGGCAUCCGGAGGGGAAGAUAGUGACCAAGUUCCUCCUAGAAUAGUUCAUAGGUCAACAAACUGGAGCGAACUCUUCAGCUCUGCGCUUGAAGAUAGGGCACUUAAAUCCAAGGCAUCAUCUUCGUCAAGCCAAACUAACCAUAUAAAGCUAUGACUGACUAGAAUAGAUGGGGUUUGGUGUUUUUCUGAUCUCCCCGAGUCCAAGGUGAAAAGUUGAAUAUUCUUUUAUUUGUGAUCUCAAUGGGACUUAGUGAUGGCCCAUUUCUCCUUUCCCUUGGAGCUGUAAGUUUGGGGUUGAGGUCCACUCUGAGAAGACGGAAGAGGGACUAUGAAUGAAUGGAGUAUGUUUUUUGCAGUGAAAACAUGCCUUUAUAUUCCUUGAAUUUCAUAGUGAUUUCUUGUUCGUGGUUCUUUCCAUCAUCAAGACAGGAUGAAGGGCCACAGUUAUGACCUAUUUUUCCAACCUUUUCUGUUCAAAAUGAAGAUUUCCCACAUUGGUGUUAACCUGUAAUUUUGGAUAUUUGAUUUUUUUUUUUUUUUUUUGGGAUAUUUGAAUGAGGUUAUUGUAAAGUUCAUCUUGCUA